GUGUUUGUGGCGGACUCCAGCGGCAACGAGAUCCGGCGGGUGGAGGUGGCGACGGGAGAGGUGACAACGCUCGCGGGCAGCGGCGAGUUUGGCGACGCGGAUGGUGUUGGCGACGCGGCGGAGUUCUACAGCCCAACUGGCAUCGCUAUCAGCCCAGACGGCGCGCUGUUUGUGACGGACCUCGACAACGACAAGAUCCGGCGGGUGGAGGUGGCGACUGGCUCUGUGACGACGAUCGCGGGCAGCGGCCAGGUAGGCGGCGCGGAUGGCGUGGGCGACGCGGCGCAGUUCGAUAACCCAGCCGGCAUCGCCAUCAGCCCAGACAGCACUGCACUGUUUGUGGCGGACUUCACCGGCCACAAGAUCCGGCGGGUGGAGGUGGCGACGGGCGCUGUGACCACGCUCGCGGGCGGCGGCACCAUGGGAAGCGCUGACGGCGUGGGCGACGCGGCGCAGUUCUACAACCCAAGUGGCAUCGCCAUCAGCCCAGACGGCGGCGCGCUGUUUGUGGCGGACUACGGCAACGACAAGAUCCGGCGGGUUGAGGUGGCGACGGGCGCGGUGACAACGAUCGCGGGCAGUGGCACCAGUGGCAGCGCUGACGGCGUGGGCGACGCGGCGGAGUUCCACGGCCCA